UGGCAGUAAUGCAUUAUUUCGUUGUUUGCUAACCGCCAAUAAACCUCAAUAGGAAGAAGACAGAAGGUCAUCUCAUCUCAGCACCUUGUCAACGAGAUUACAGAGAAGUUCUGUAACUAUUUAAUAACGCAAUGGACAGUUUUGAUAAUUUCAGUGCGUCCGAUAAAGCAGAGGCCACGGAGCUUCAGCGUAUGAUCGCGAUAGAGCAGCAGAAAGCGCAGUUCCAGGCCCAGGUGCACACUUUCACUGACGUCUGCUGGGACAAGUGUGUGGACAGUCCGGGCUCGAAGCUGGACUACCGGACAGAGACGUGCCUGGUGAGCUGUGUGGAGCGAUUCAUCGACACCACCCUGUCCAUCACCAACCGCUUCACGCAGAUGGUGCAGAAGGGUAGUCAUUAAUAAUGGACUUUAGAUUCUAACUGGACUACUGUGUGGUGACCUUGAUGCAAUGUUUUUAUUCCCAACAUGUUGAUGGAAGAUUAUGGGUGGAGGACAUGUUAUUUUUUACUGUUCAUGCUUUCGACGGGUGGUGCUUGAAUGGUCCAAAAUGAGUUCAAAUGGGACAACAGCAUGCCUGUAGCUGCAAACGGCAGCACAAUGUACCUGUUGGAAUUAAGGAGUCAUGUAGUGUGACAUUAGUAAAGUAACACACUGUGCUCAUGUUCAC